AUGGCUUCCAAACGCGCUAUACUACCCUUCUUCUCAUCUCGGAGCAUUGCAUCUACUCCGCGCACAGGAUCGCGCACACCCUCGCUCCGUGCCAUCUCUUCCACGACCACAGCACGACCUCGCCUUCAAGCAAUCUCGCCAGCACGUCUCCAACCAGCACACCCCUUCCAAACCCGCCUCCUCUCCUCCACCACCGCUCGCUCCAACGCUCCCCCCUCAUCCAACACCGCAGACCACCCCCCCUUCAAACAAUGGACCUUUGACGACAUAAACACCCGCCUCGCCCACCCCUCCUCCACCCCCACCAUCCUCAUCGACGUCCGCGAACCCCCCGAGCUCCUCUCCACCGGCACCAUCCCCACCGCAAUCUGCCUCCCGCUCCGCUCCCAGCCCGACGCGCUCUUCCUCUCCCCCGACGAAUUCCUCACCCGCUACGGAUUCUCCAAGCCGGGCGUGGUGUCGCAUAAAGAGGUUCCGGAUGGAGAUUAUACCGUGGUGCGGCAGCAGCAGCAGACGGUGGACGCCGAGUUGGUGUUUUAUUGCCAUGCCGGGGUGCGUGCACGCGCGGCGGCGGAGUUGGCGGUGCAGGCGGGAUAUGAUGGGGCCAAGGUGGGCGUGUAUGAUGGGUCGUGGUUGGAUUGGGCGAAGAGGAAGGGGAAGGUGGAGAGAUGGGAGGGAGGGAGUGAGGAUUGA